AUGAACGGAGACACCAAACAUUCUUCACUGAAUAAUGAUCUCACCACGGCAACAAGUUCUGCCUUAUUAGAGCAGUUGGUAUAUAUUGAUAAUUUUAUGAAUAACCUGUCUGCGGGUACAGACAAUGUGACUCCCAAUAUGGAUAUAGAUGGUCAACUAUCUGUGGACUUGGCCGCGUUUGCUGAUGAUUCCUUCAUCUUUCCUGAUGAAGACAAGAAACACGAUGGUAACAAUGAUGAUGAGGAUCAUCACUUCAACCCUCUACCCUUUGGCAAUGAUGUAUUUGUUUCGCCCAAACAACAUAUGGAUAUGAUGGAAGCCACCAAUGAGGACGAAAGCAACAACAACAACAACAACAAUAAUAAUAAUAAUAAUAAUAAUAAUAAUUUUAUCAUCAGCAACUCCAUAAUCAAUCCUAUUGGUGGCGCUGAUGAUACUCAUAAUAAUAAUAUCAACAGCAAUAACAAUAAUGCAUCAACUACGGAGUUUAAUAAUGAGGCUCCAAAGCUGUCUCUAGAUUACCUUAUACCUGAUCUUAAUAAGCUACCAAAGUUCCCGGUGCCCCCAGGAGCAAAGAGCUCAUUAGUUCAAGUGGGUCUUACCACUAACCAGAUCGAGCUUUUGAGUGCGUUAAUUGCCCAACACCAAUCAACUAUUUCUAAACAGCCGCAAACGCAACUGCAACUGCAACUGCAACUGCAACUGCAAGUACAACUGCAACAGCAAAUACAACUGCAAGUUCAACAGCAAAUACAACUGCAAGUUCAGCUGCAACAUCGACAACAACAUGUUCGUCAACAUAAUCAUAUCCCAGGAUUGGAUUUGUCUUUAAACAUCUCUAAUUCAGCUACUCCUUCCUUAAUGACCACUGACCCAAAAGGUUCGUCUGUGUGGUCAUAUUCUUCAAAUAGCUCUGCUAAACAGCCUUUUGCUAUAUUGCCGUCACUGAAUUUGAAAAUGGAUCCAACUGAUGUAAGUUUCAAUGCCCCAGAACCUACUCGUCCCCAGUUGCAAUCACCAUCAUCGUCAGUUUCCAUAGCCCCAUCCAUAAGUAGGAAACAUCUGCAUACAGCUUCUGCGUCUCUGCUUGAGAAUCUACCACUUUCAACGGGUCAGUCAGACUUGUCUUCUGAGUUUGACAAGCGAAGACGGAACACAGCGGCUCUGGCACGGUUCAGAGUUAAGAAGAAGUUAAAGGAAAAGCAAAUGGAGAAUAAGAUCCAUCAAUUGACAGAAUUUAUCGAUAAUUUGGAAAACAAGAUUCUGCAUUUGGAAACCGAAAAUAAAGUUUUACGGACUUUGAUUCUAGAGAAGGGAGAACAACGUAAUGAUGAUGAGUUGAAGUUACUUAAAGAACGGGCUACAAAUAACGAUUAA